AUGCAGAGCAACCACUCAAAGACUAGUUCUGACCCUGCUGCCAAUACAUCAUCACCAAGCAUCAAUCUCAAUCAUAACUUCAGCAUUCAAACAAUGAACCGACCCCAAAAUGCGGGAAUGGAAACGGAAGGUGUCGUGCCGAUAGUAGCAUUACCUGAAGGGAAUAACUCCUUUGUGGGCAUGAGAAUAUCAUCAGGAUUGCCAUUCCCUUUCAAACUACAUGCUAUGCUGGAUAAUGCUGCAGAAGGAAAUUACGAAACCAUUGUGUCAUGGUCCGGAGACAAUGGGUUCCUGGUGCACGACAAGGAUGCCUUUGUGGAGGCCAUUAUUCCAAAGUACUUCAGUCAAACCAAAUAUCGAUCCUUUCAAAGAUUGCUGAACAUGUGGGGCUUUCAGCGAUUACGAGAGGGACCAAGGAAGGGGGCUUAUUAUCAUGAACAAUUUCAACGGGGCAAUUCCUCGCUCUGUGGGAAAAUGAAAUGCGAAAAAAUCAAAAAGAAACCAACACCUGGUGGUGCUAAUGCCAACGGUAAUGUUAAUGCUAAUGCCAAUGCAAAAUCCAAGGAACCAAAGCAAUACAAGGCCAACGUACUGGCCUUGGAAUCAUCCAAUGAAGUGGAACCGGCACCGUCCAAGAUUGCGGAAAAGAAGGUCGUGACAUUCGACAAAGCAACCAAGCCAGCUGCAAAAGUAUUAGACGCAGCAGCACCUCUGCCAUCCUUUGAGGAUACCUUUGGUGAAAUCAAGCAGAUAAUACCGGUGGGAAAGAGGAAGACUACUGCCAAGGUUGAUCAUCCACAUGCAGACACCUUUGAUCCGAAUAAACAACAAAGCAAUCAAUCGGCGCCUUUGCCGACGUACUCGGACUUGUUUGAAGAUCUACAGUUUCACGAGGUAUCGAAGGGUGACAAAAUAGCGAGAGUGUAUGGGCCUGGUGAAGGAAAAAAAUAG